AGCUCGUUACCAGCUCUUAGUAAACAGUCUGUCAGAAAGCCGCUUCCUGGAGACACAGGCUAGUUUCAGCCGUCUUUUAGUCGACGCCUGACUUUACUCUGUCCGUUUGAAGUCAUGCUAAAGGAGGAGUUGGUGUUGAGGACUUGUUGAUGGCGGAGACGCGUUGAUCUUUGGGUUGAGACAGGAGGCGCGCGCCUUUUUCCCGCCUCACAGCGCGACACACACACACACACAAACGCACAGUGCGUUCCGGGUUGGACGACAAAACACACCGAGGAGGCUUUAAAGAAGAAACAUUUUUCCGAAAGGCGUUUCUAGUUUCUUUUUGUUGUUGUUGGUGGUGUUGUCUGGGGUGUGUGUGUUUGUGUGGGUGUUACACAGGGCGGUCGUUUUCCGUUGCAUUUUACUGACAUGCGUGCGGAAUGCCACGCGCGCGCCAUCAAUUGCAAAGGCAACAUUACGCACCGUUCUUGAAUCUCCUGGCGACUUCAUGAAAUCAUGAAUGCAUGGACAGCGUGCUCUGAAGAGAUUCCCAAAAGCAGUGAUCGCUAUUCCUCUGCUCAAACUUGUCUCUGCGUGUCACCGUCACACCUGUCACAGCGCCUCGCCACAACGCUCUGGAUGCGAUCAGGGGGACUGAAAUCUGUUCAGAAAAGUGCUGGGAGCAGAGACGCGCAGGUCGCACAGCUCCACCUUAGGAGAAGGUGGACAUCCAUUUCUCCUGCGCAAAUCGGAAACAGGCGGUUUUGCGUGGACGCGUCUGUGCAUGGCGCUGACUAACCGGAGCUGAUUAAAAAGCGCGAGAAAAAGGGAAGAGGAAAGUUCCGGAUACAUCACACACACACACUCUCUCUCUCUCUCUCUCUCUCUCUCUCUCUCUCUCUCACACACACACACACAUACGCACACGCACACACACGCAUAUACACUUGUGUGGGUAAAGCCAGCCGCGUAUGCUUACGGAACCGGACUACUAACACAAUAAACGCAUUUCGCGGGGAAAAAAGACCCCAAAAUGAAAUUAUGCAGGUACGCGUGAGCGGCGAAGAUGGACUUUGGAAGGAUCUGAGCUGCUAGUACUUGAAUUAUGUCAACACGGUGUAUUAAAUCCGUAUUUGUCUUUUGGGAACAUUGCUGAAUAACAGGCUAUAAACUGAUCUAUCGGAGCGAGAGCGAGGGCAGCGCGUGCGGCCGUGACUAUGGGACAGUGAUAGAAGGCGCGCGUCGUCUGUGCUGCGUUCAAGAAGAGUUGUGCAGUUUUUGUGAGACAUGGCAGCGGCGAUUGCGAGCGGCUUGAUCCGGCAAAAGCGGCAGGCGCGGGAGCAGCAUUUAGACCGACCCUCCACUAACCGAAGGAGGAAGAGCCCGAACAAGAACAAAGGUCUUUGCAACGGCAACCUUGUCGACAUCUUCGCCAAAGUACGAAUCUUCGGCCUCAGGAAGCGGAGACUACGGCGUCAAGAUCCCCAGCUCAAGGGUAUAGUGACCAGGUUAUAUUGCAGGCAGGGAUACUACUUGCAAAUGAACGCAGAUGGAUCUCUUGAUGGGACCAAGGAUGACAGCAGUAAUUCUUCGUUGUUCAAUCUCAUCCCUGUGGGCCUCCGAGUUGUUGCUAUUCAGUCCGUGAAGACAGGGUUAUACAUCGCCAUGAAUGGAGAAGGCCAUCUGUACACAUCAGAACUCUUUACAGCCGAAUGCAAGUUCAAAGAGUCAGUGUUUGAGAACUACUAUGUGAUCUACUCGUCCAUGUUGUACAGGCAGCAGGAGUCAGGGAGAGCCUGGUUUCUGGGUCUCAAUAAAGAAGGCCAGGCAAUGAAGGGCAACCGAGUGAAGAAAACCAAACCAGCUGCUCACUUCCUGCCCAAGCCAUUAGAAGUCGCAAUGUACCGAGAGCCAUCAUUGCACGAUGUGGGAGAGACCGUACCCAAAGCUGCAUCUGCACCUCCCGCUAAAAGCACAAGCGAGCCGGCCGUGAUGAACGGAGGCAAGCCCGUCAGCAAGGAGGCUAGCAAGCCCAGCACAUAGCCCAGCCUCGGCUCACAGAGAGAACCAUGCUCUCCUUCUCUCUUGUUCGGAUCUGGCCCAGACGAGCCCCUCUCCUCCUCUCCUCCUUUUUCUGCUCUCCUCUGACUUUCUCCAUCCACUUGGCAAAUCGAUUGCAGAAGUGUGGCCAAGCGUAGCGACGAGGAGGAUUCGACUGGAUGAAUCAGCUCAACCCGCACCAUGGAAUGCCCCAGCAGAUAUGGAAUGCCUUUAACCCCCUACUCAAUCCCUCCAUCCCUCCAUCUACACCUCCCUCCCUCCACGCCACCCCACCCCUUCCUCCACCACCCUGCCUGCACAUACAAUAACACGACCCAUUUUUCUGUGACUGUGACAAUCCUUCGAGAGUAAGAACGAAGAGCGGAACGGCGGCCGUGAGCGAGUUGAGUGGCGGCCAUCUUUGUCCUGCUGAUGGUCACCCGUGACUACUAUUUUUUGAGCCCUGUAACAGAAGCGUCUAAUUCAGAUCUAUUUUCUAUACACAGUGAACACCAGCUAUGCUCUGGGGAAGUAAACUACUGACUGACUUGCAAGAAAACAGGACUGUUGUCCUCGAAUUUUUUUAUAGAGUUUCUUCCUGUGUCUCCUGCUCAGUCCUUGCUUUCUCUCUCUUUUGCUUUCUCUUUCAUUGGUCAAACUCGCACUCUUUUCUCUUUGUCCAGUGCUAGAGAAAACCUUUGCAGGGGCUACGUGUGGUUUUUUUCUAACAACCCUGACAUCCAUCUAUGUGAACACAUCCAGUACGCACACACACACCCCCAACCACCCAUACACACUCACACACAUACACACACACACAGUUACUCAUGUAGGACUGAGGUGCCAGUGGCGGCUCCCUUACAGGAAGUAAUUCAGGAGGGCUGGAGUCACCACAGAGCCUAUAGAAAUACAAAUUAGCUUUUCUCUUUCUUGAUUGAUUGUGUAGAAAGAGACACUGGAAGCUGAUUAUUUACUUAGGGAUAUUACCCUCAAAUCCAUAAACACACAUUGCCCUCCUGCACUCAGAGCAUGGACCUGAAUGCAUGGAGGUGCCUGAUACAAAUAUAGUAUGUGUUCACAUAUCUCAUAUCUUCACCAAGCCGGCAUAUAGAGGAAGCCAAAUUCUAUUUUUCUUUACUGAUAGCUUAGAGCACAAGCUCUAGGAACAUGUAUAGGCCUUGUAGGCCUCAGGUCAAGGCACUCCCCUUGUGCUGAACUUUCAGCCAAUCCUGGUGUUCACUUAACGGGCCUUUUUGUUCCGCAAAAGCAUGGGCAAGGUUAGUAUUGUGUUCUAUUCAUGACGUAUGAUGCAAAUCAAGAAAUGGCUUCACUGUAUGACAAAAAAAAAAUGAAAAAGCUUUAAAAAUAGACGUUUAAUAAUAAUAAUGACUAGCUAUCAUAAUUAAAUAUGGAGAGUUUUUUUCCUAGCUCAGCAUGCAGAGUCCAGUACUGCUCAUAUUGGCCUAUUGUGUGCCUGUGAUGACCUCUAACCCAGCAUGCAAAAACAUGUACCCAGUCUGUGCUGGGUUAAAGGUGCCUCAUGCCCCCAAGAAACACACACACACACACACUCACACACACACAGAGUGGCUUAGUAAAUCUAUAAACACUCGUCUCACUUCCUAUUCUUUUGUAAUGAUCUUGAUUGUGAAUUUUACCAAAGUUUAUCAAUCCAUCCGAGAAUCCAGAGCCACCGAAUGCAGUAACAUGCAGAGGGCAGCACUAAAACCUCACCCACUCUGUCCAGUUUUGCUUCUUUGCUCACUGUGACAAAUAUUCACCCUCACAACAGAAUGAACUUUGCCUUUUUGAGUAAAUCCUGGAUGGGUGGGAUUGUAGUCAUUUGAGUAUACAGUUCAUCGGAUUAAACACGUGGGGUACCUAUCAGUUAAUCACCUGCAUGCUUUUCCUUAAGGACCAAAAAAAAAUGGGAAAGGUACAAUGGAUCAUUAGACUGUUUAGGUCAGCACUGAAUUGAAUGGGCAUGUUAUUCAAACGUUCUUCUCAUCCUACUUUCUCUGAAUUGAAAUCAUAGCACUUUCAAUUCGUUAUUGAAAGUUAUCAUUUACUCACGACUUUUAGCGAAACGAUCAAGGAUCUUCUGAAUCUCUGAUCAGAUUUGAUAUUAAGCCUGUCUUGCUUUAAUAACUCUCAUAUAGUUUAAUGAUUACGAUUUAGAAUGUUAUUAUGUAGACUGAAGCUGGGCUGCUAAAUUGCAAAUAUAUCCAAGGCUUCAUUUGAAGACCUGUAUUUUCUGGAAUUUACUGGGAUUAUGAGCUACUUUCUAUAUUAGGAUGUAUCGAAGCACAUUAGUUCGACUUACAUAUUUGUACAAAGCUGUGUUGCUAGAAUGACAUGCAGUGCCGUAGACAAAGGGAGUAUAAAGCGUAAUGAAUGAUUCGAGUUGAGAGCUGCUGUCCCGCUUCCACGACCUUCACAACACACACACACUGAUCAUUCUCUCAGAUGAACUCUACAUGCUGGGCUAAGUUGCCCUUCAAACCAGUUGACUAGUCCUAAAAAGGAUGAAUUUAUUUUUGUAAAUGACUGGUGAGUAAAUGUACAUCUGUUUGUCAGUCUGUUUGGUUUCUCCUCCUUCUCUCUCUCUCUCUCUCUCUCUCUCUCUCUCUCUCUCUCUCUCCUGUGUUCUUUUUCAUAAUGCAGGUGAUGUAUGAUGAUGUCUUUUCAUCCUAAGAACACAUAACCUGUUUAUUCAUUCUUUUCUUUCUCCUUGUUCAUAUAUUUUUUCCGUGAAGUCCUUGUCAUUUGUCAUCUGUUCUUGGGUUCCAGUCAUUAGUGUGACCAUGACUUCAUCUUUUGCAUGGGAAGAGGAUGGCAUUUAAGAAAUGCAUGUUGUAGGCUAUGUGUAUCAAGAAAUGUUGGUAUGUACUGCUAAUUUUACAUAUAUGCAAAGAGUUUGUCUGCACUGUACAGUUUGUGUUUGUUGUAUACACAGAUACAACAUAUUGAAUAAAAUAUUUAUAUAAAGGUGUACUGUAACGUCACUAAGAACCUUAAUGCAAUAUUCUGUGCAGUAUAUUACUGCACUCAGCCUUUUUUGAUGAUCAAACUGUUGGCUAAUAGUGAACAUUGUGGGUCUUAAUUCCCUUAUUUUCAUACUUCCUGGUCUAUUGUCCUAUAAUAUAUAAUGUGUGAACAUGCCAGCAUGGGCAUUUCUCUCUAAAUGACCUGUCUACACAUUACACACCAUUUCUAAGUGUAAAAUGAAUAUAUUUAACAGAGUUAUGGCAUUUUAUUGUCAAAGUGGUUUAUUGCAGAGCUUUAUACAAUUGCAGACAUGCUGUUUUCUUACUUAUUCUCCUAGCAACAUUUCACCGUCACUUGUUUUUCAGGGUUUUCAGUAACACUUCAGUAUAGGAGGACACAUAUUACACAGGAAAUAUUACACAGCUGAAUAUGUAUAGAGAUGAAUAGAGGAGUUAUUUGGCAACCUUAACACCUAGUGCUUUAUUUCAUCUUCUCACAUUUUGUAGCUUUUACUGCAGAUCACAAGGACUCGACUAAAUUUGGUGAAAGUCCAGCUACAGAAACAUUUUUUGCUUGAAAAGUGACUGGAUGGUGUCAGCGCUUAAUGAUUAGUUCAUGAAUAAGAAAUAAGACACGUCAGUUUGAAGUGCUUGCAUAGCGCAUAGCAGUGCUUCACGUUACCGCUUUUGACUUUUUUGGCAUUUUGAACCUGAAACUGUUUUUAACACACCACAUCGUCACUUCAUUGAUCGAUCCAAAGAGGACAUAAAAUAAAAAUCAAGCAACCAAGCCCCCCCAGUUCUAAGUAAGCUACCUAAAUGCAUGCAUCUAGCUUCUGAGUGCUCAGACUGAUCGGUGGAAAUACUUCACUGGGCCUGGCAACCUCUUCCAUAGCCAUCUUCUCCUUAAAGACUACUGCUAUGAAUUAAUAUCUUACAUUUAACCUCCUAUAUUGAAGUGUUAUUAUGAUACAAUAUAAAUUUGAACCACAUUUCAUGGUGUAAUUGUAGUAUCACUCACCUGAGUGCAGGGUUAACCUUGUUUUCAUCCAUUAAACCCUUUUGAUUGAGGCAGAACUGUAACAAGCUCAUAUACACUCAGACGAUGCUCUGACAAAGAAUCACAUCAGUAAUAAAACACACUGUUUGGAUCCUGCCCA